AUGUCGUUGUUGACGGAAACAGCGGAGCCCGCAAGCUCGGGCGCCGCGAACAUCGCGCGCUCGUCAUCUCCGGCUUCCACGCCGUCGCCCUCGGCGUCAAGUAUCACGACUGCUCCCGGAGGAAGCGCCGCUCGGCGACCGACUCGAAAGAGCACUUUGACCCAGCAACAAAAGAACAACAAGCGCCAACGGGCUACCCAAGAUCAACUGGUCACGCUGGAGGUUGAAUUCAACAAGAACCCCACUCCGACCGCUGCCACCCGUGAGCGUAUCGCCAGCGAUAUCAACAUGACUGAACGCUCUGUACAAAUCUGGUUCCAAAAUCGUCGCGCAAAGAUCAAGAUGUUGGCGAAGAAGAGCAUCGAGACGGGUGAAGGAUGCGACAACAUUCCCGAGUCAAUGCGCCAUUAUCUCGCCAUGCAAUUUGAUCCCAGUAAACCCGGAACCCGCGAUCCCUUUGGACGCGCCGCUGCCUACGGCGCCCCUGGGAUUUACGUCAAUGAUGCCAAUUCAUCCGGCAAAGUUGUCAUCUCCCACUUCACGUGCCGUUCCUUGUCCAUCGGAAGCUGGAGACGCAUUGGCCAGAACGCCAUGGACCUCGUGAUCUUUUACUCGCCCGACAAGGCCUGCAUGACCUACUACAUCAACAAUGACUCCGCAGGCUACAAAAUUGAGUACCCAUUCUCCUCCAUCAAGAACAUCACUCUGGAGACGGGCGACGCAACACCUGGGCCAAAUGGUGCUCCCCCUCGCCCGGGGGGCUUGGUGGUGGAGCUGAACCGGCCCCCCUUGUUCUAUAUGGACUCGUCCAACUCUGGUGGCUUCUACCAAUGCGGUGAUUUCACUGAGGAGCAGCAGGCUAGUCAGAUCAUGGUCCACCACCUCGGUGGGCAUCCCAAAGUGUUGAGUGUGCAAUUGGCCAAGUUGGUUUCCCUGGAAUCCUUCCAAAACCGCCUGGCGUAUAACCAAGCCUUUGCCGUCCCCACUGUUCCUGCGUCCAUGUCUCCGCCGUUCAUCCAACGCCCAGCCUCUCAGCCCAACCAGUUCGCCCCUGCGGCGUACCUGAAUCUCUACCAGGACCACAACCACCUUGGGUUCAAUUUGCCUGCCGCCGCUCGGGGCCACAAGCGGCAACGUAGCCGGUCGGUGCCCGCCGCUGUCGAUCUCUCUCUGCUGCAUGCCCCCAUGCCGUCCUAUCAGAUGCCUCAGACCCCGGCGCCCUUCAAUGCCAGCGAAAGUGGCAUCUACGCGCCGGUUCCCCAAUCGACGUCGGCUCUACCCACAGGACUGCGCAUCGACACCAACACUUUCGGACUUGACUUCCGCACGCACCCCUUGUCUGCGACCACCGCCGGAUCUCCCACCGACUUUGCCAGCCCGUCCAUGUUUAGCACUGCUGGCCACGGUGGAGACUCGACCCCCGUGGUCCCCAUGUCGGCGCAGUUCAAUGUACCGCAGUUUGUCGCCGGACCGUCAGAUUCUCCCACGCUGGGCUCCCAUGCGGCAUCGCCCUACCCCAGCGUGAGCGCCGCGGAUCCGAUGAUCGCCAACCACUCACCACCCAUGUCCAACAUGUCGCACGCGCCUUCUGACAUGUACGCAUUCGCACAUGACCAGCAAUCCGGCUUUGUCGAAGAUGGCAUGUCAAUGCAUGACUUCUACGGGAAAUCCCAGAUGAAUUAUACGCUAUCCCAGGACGUCUCCAGUUUUGAAUUGCCUAUCCAUGGCAUGUCCGGUCAUGCUUCGCCGACGGUUGGUGAUUUUUGUGGGAACAUGCUCAAUCUAGAUGAAAUCAACUCUCACGGGCUUCCCACCGGGUCGUAA